GAAAUGCAAGCUAUUAAACAUCUACGCCCUCUAGUAGAAUUCAACAUUUAUACAUGUUAUAAGUGCCAGAAUACAAUUUAGAGACACCCGCAGAUGUAUUCCUAUGGCGAUGCACAUGGAACCUUCGUGCAUUCCAUGAAAAGCGGGAUAUGGUCUCCAGUAAAAAUUGAAGAAUGUAAAAAUCAGACACAUUGCUUUUCCCUAAAAGUAUAUCAGUGAUAAAAUUCUAUGCACAUUUUUACUAUAACAUUCUUCCUGCAUUUUUAUCAACUAACUUUUAUUUUAUUUUCACUCACUUUAUCAUUUUUCAGUUCUAUCCCAAACUCGGUGAAAAUGAACAUGUUGAAAAAUUUCAUCCAGACUGUGGGCGAGUAGCUUUAAUGUCAGACAAUAAAACACGCAUUUUAAAUACAAAUGCAUUAUUUGAUAUCCACGAAAUGCGUUAAACCUCUGGAGAGAUGUAUAUUAAAACAUAAUUCAUCGGAUGAUGUUUUAUACACAUUUGUACACAAUAAAUGCAGUGAUGCACUGUUAUUAUGCUGGGAUAUUAAUCGCAUUAAACUGCUCUUAGGGGAAGUAUAUCAUCAUUAUAGUCAUCAGAAGUGGACAGAAAAUGCUCAAUCAAUACUUCCUUCCGCAUGAAAGCGACAUUUAUCAGCAAUGACUUAACCAGAUAGCUUGUGAUAAUAUUAAUUCAUAAAACAAACAUGGGGAAUUGUGCAGCUAUUUCUGAAUCUAUAGAAUGGAAAUUUGUUGGAAGGGAUAAAGAUCUGACAAACAUGAAGGAACUUCUAUCCAAGAAAAAAUCAGUUCUUGUUUUUGGAAUGAAGAAAAUUGGAAAGUCACGAUUUAUUGAAGAAUUGUACAGACAGCUGUGCGGAAGUGAGAUUUAUAAAUGUGUGAUCAAGGAUUUUGAAUCUGACGACAUAGAAUCAGGUCAUACGAUAUAUAAUUGGUUUAUCGAAUUCUUGACAUCCAUAGAUGCGCAUGAAGAAACAAAACGUUUCGUAAACCAAUAUCCAUCAAAAACAAUCGCAUGCAAUUCAUGUGAAAAGUGCCAACUACCUGACAGAGACAAGUGUUCAAAACGGAACGAUCUGGUAGAGAAAGCUAUCAAUUCCUUAAUAGAUACCUUAGGCAAAUGUAAAAGUGAAUAUGUGCUUUUCUUAGAUAAUAUCGACAAGAUUAUGGAAAGCCCAUUAAAAGACAAUUUUCUACAUUUUCAUCGUCAAUCACUAAGAUGCCCUAAAUUGAGGACAGUCCUUGCAUCAGCCAACAAACCGAAACAAACGACAAAAGGUUAUGGAUCUAUUGAACUGAAACCGUUAGAAAAAGAAGCAAUUCUGAAAAUACUCUUCGAAACAACUGAACAAAGGGACAACGAUUCAGACGACGAGGAACAGUGUAGCAAAACUGUGACAUAUUCAGCAGAAUCCACGGUAUUCAAGGAAGAAAACGAACCGUAUAUUGAAGCUAUUGUGGGUUUAUGUGAAGGGCUUCCCUUGGCGGCUAUUAUGUCAGGUAUGUUGUUGACCGAGGAUGAUUGCUUACUGACACCUGCGAACCUUGUAGAAAUUCUAAUUUGCAUGCGACUAACGAGUCUCAGCCCAGACAACUGUCCGCCAGAUGAUCGCUUGGAAAUCUACAAAAAUCCAAUGGAAGAGGUAAAGGGGGUUGCAACAUUUUUCAACUGCCUGAAUGAAAAUAUGACUGGCACCGAGUUUAGUAUUGACAAAGCAGUAACCGUUGCAACUGAUGCAUCAGGGAAUAUCGAAACAGAAGCUAUGGUGAAACACAAUAUUUUGAAGAAAGCUUUGGAUAGGUCUAUCCUGUCUAUAAAAUCAAUGUCAGGGGAGCAGCAGCUGAACUGGCAUGGUAUAUUCCGGGAAUGUCAGGCAGCACUAAAAGCUAUAGACAGUAUACCUUCUGGCAAUGACACUGCCUCUGUGAAAGACAUGGUUUUGAAAUUCAUGAAAGAAAACGUUGUUAAAGCUGGACUAGAGUUUGGUGAGGAAAUACUGAGCAAACCAAAAUCUCUAGAGCUUGCCAUCAGAAGUCUCUCUUGCAAGGAGAAAUCUCCACCACCAAUACAAGUGGAAGACGAUGAGAAGAUAAAAAUGUCUAUACUUAAGGAACAUCAUUUGGCUAGCCAGAAGGUUGGCACAAGUGAGUUUGAGACAGAACAGCUAUCACUUAUGAAGGAGCAUAAAAGGGUAGAACAUCACAAAUCUGUGGAAAACAGUCCGCCUAACGACUCCCGAAAAAACAAGAAACUGGCCACUCGGUACUCAGUUUCUGAGGGUAGUGAUAGCAGUGAUUCCGAUAGUGUGAAUUUACAAUUCACAAAUAUUGACCUUAGACAAACAGAGGGUUCGAUGAUGAAUGAUGUUAACGGGAUUACAAACGGGCUGCACUCCAGAAGUCCACCUCCAUACACAAGUCAACCAGGACCCUUGGAGACAACAGCACCCUGUCAUAACCAGAAUGGUGGAAACGGAAAUCAAUUUCGACCUAUUAACACUCAGUUUGCAGUGAACUCUGUAGGAGAGCCUCCGCCUGGAUACGCUUUAACUGACCCAAUCCGUUCUGUUCAAGGUUUUGCCCCAGAAACGAGACGACAACACGCUGAUAACGAUUUGCCACACAUGCACUCUGAUUCAGUUAACAUGUAUGACAUUCGAUCGCGUUCCUUGCCAUCAGUCAACAGCCCAUCGUAUAAUUUCCAAGUCAAACAACAAAAUACUCGAGAAAACUCUUAUCAGGUGAGCUAUAAUGACAAUCCAAAUUUACAUCGAGCAGUAUCAGAUCCAACUUUUAAUCGUCCCGUGAACAAUGCAGCUAGGCAGCUAGUGGAUUCUCCGAGGAGAGAAGUGGACACAUCAGUAAGCGACUCUUUGACAGGUCCGCCAGCAAUGAAUUACAUUCCACCGAAUAUUCAGGUCCGUAAAAUGGUUCACAGUCAUCAGGCGGAUGGGCAUCAUGCCACUCAACAUCGGCGUGUACACCCAAACACAGAUAUGAGUAGGCAAGCUUCAGGUCUCCGGAUAGCUGAACAGAAGGUGCCCAUUACAGACACGCAUGUGGACCAUACAUCCGUCCAAUCAGCUUUUUCUUCACAAGGACCAGCAGACAUUUCAUAUAAGCAGUCGCUCAAUGACGAUCUCCAUGUCGAUCAGGAAAAUUUCAACCAGGUCUCGCAUAUUACAUCAUUUCAAUCCAACGGUUCAUAUAACCAAGUUACACAUUUUGGAGAGUCGUCACAAUGGCAGGUGCAAUCAUUUGGAAAUAAGUUAUCAGUAACCAGCAUCAAAAAUGAAACAAAGAGACGAUCUCCAACGGCCAUAGUCAGUCCUAUGCCUAAGCGCCGAUCUCCGCCUAAUGUCAACAAACCGUUACAGAACGAACCAGGGAUCCCAACUGUGACGCCGUCUGAAUGAUCUAAUAAGGUUUAGACAAAAUAUUAAAGGAAGACACAAUAGAUAGAAAAAUAGUUUGAAAGAAAAUAGAUACAAUCGUGCUGUGUCUAACAUAGAAAGGACGAUGUGAGUGGUUAACACUAUGUAACUGAAAACGUCUCAAGGUAAACAAAAUGUAUUCCAGCAAGAUACUGAAAGAUGUUUAAAUGUGCAAAAAAUAGUAAACGUCGAACUCUAGUCAGUAGAUGGAGGAGUACAUUCUCAUAACAAUAUCGAUGCACUUUGAAAUAGAUGUGCAUGUAUAUUUGUAUAAAAUAUGGCAGCUACUGUUAAAUUAGAAUUUACUCACUGCCGUAAUAUUAUUAUGUAUAUAUUAUUGUCGCUAAAUGUAUAGUUUUAGAAAUGCAGUAAAAUCUUGUAUUAAUUAAUUGUAACACGGCGAAGAGGUUAUACGUCUCGCAUAGUUAUCUUGCGAUGCUGUCGUCACGGUGAUUUAUUGUGUGGAAUAUGCAUAGCUGAUUCAGAGUGUUUAAGUUAAUAAAACCACGUUUCUGUCAUGUUGUGUUUUAAUUUGGAUACGUCAGUGGAUCAAAUACGGUCUUGCUAGGUUGAGAUGACGUCGCCGUUGUCAUGUUUUAUUUUAUAUAACGUUAGAAUUCAUGACAAUUUAGGAAUCGUGAGUCUUCCAUGAUAACUUGCCAUAACUAACUUGUGAAAAACUUUACCACCAUAAUAUUUGCAGUCAGGGUUUGCAUUGCUACAUAUACAGUUUUCUUAAUUUGUUUUAUUUACUCAUUCGUGGUUUACCUCAAAACGAAUCUCAUCUGUAAAUAGUAUUUAAAUCUAUAUGCAAAUCUUGCUUAAAUUUCACACACUGAUUUUUAACGUUUUCAAACUAGAUAUUAUUAGUAUGAAUGCGUCUCAUUGUUACAUUUUUCCGAAGUCUUGAAUAACUUUUGCAGUUGAUUAUCAGAAAUUACAGGAAAUCUUGCAGAUCAGGCAUUUAUUCAAUUUUAGAAUAUCAAGUAGAUAUUGCCAAGAUUUAUGCCAUUUUUGUAUGUACCAUAAAAAGGCACUUAUUUGUACAUAACUGUGUCAUUGUAAAUAUAUUUCUGUUCCAAUAUUUUUAACAUUAUGUUAAUGGUUACAAUUAAAAUUCUAUAGGUGAUGUGAUGUUAUGCUAAUGAACAUGUCAACUAAGUAGGAAUACAAUAUACAGCCAUAAACAUACAUGACAAGGAUCCAGUAGGAAUUUCUAAGCCACUAGUUCAUUGAAAUAUAACGAUAAUAUUUGUCCCUGUGAGAAACAUCAGCACUACAUCAUUGUCAUUAACCAGAGAAAAAUAAACUGUCUAGGAAUUCUGAAUUAUGCAUUUAAUUUACAUGUCUCAAAAAUAUGUUUGUAAUUGUAAUUGAAGUAACUUUCAUAGAACUAGCUAAAAACGUCAUGAUGUUUCACGUGAAGUUGUACGUCAAGUAAAAGUUGUCCACACCAUUGAAAGACAUGCUUCUUUUGUUUGUUUUACGUCCUAAAACUAACAUCAAAUUAUAUACUUCAGCUACGGAUACCCGAGACCCUAAUAUUAUACAUGGUGUCCAUUCGCAGAUUUUCUUCAUACGUUGAGCUUACGUUUAUUAUACAGCAUAGUGUACGUGUAUCUUAAUGCCAUGGUAAUAAACUGGUCACAUGGGUUGAUAAGAUAAAAAGAAAUCGUUAAGUUAUAUAUAUAUUUAUAUAUGUUUAUAUAUGAAAGUGUAACUUUUCAAUUGUGUUUUUUGUUAUUAUAAUUCUUAAAUAGAUACAUCUUGCCGAAUAGUUCGUGUAGAACAUUAUCUCUUUUCAUACCAUGAAUUAUUAUAACAAUGUUUACUUGCAUUCUCAUGACACAAAUAACUGCGAUUGCAAAGGUAACCGUUUUUUUUUUUACAUUUCUUUCUUGCCAUUUUUUAAAAUCCGGUUUGAAAAUAUUUAUUAUGUAUUUUAGUGUUCCUGUUGUACUGUAGAAACACUUUACAACUUUGAGUUUUGUUCUUAUGGCAUUUUAUAAAAUCUGACAGUUUAUAAAUAUUUCGUAGAAAGGUGCUUUUACUUAAAUUACUUGUAUUACAGCUAAUUAAUUUACUUCAGUUACUUUAGUUGAGUUAGUAAUUACUUUUGCUUUAAUUAUAAAAUUUCUGUAUUAUAAAAUAAACUUGGUUGUACAUUUUCCAAAGUAUUUUAUUGUUUUUAAUGUAAUCAGAUGAGUUUGUAGAAUUGAUUAAUUGGCAUAAAGUGUAUCAUUAUUAGUAAUGCGAUAUUAUGUAUGAUACAUAGCAGUGUUUUUUAGGAAUAAUAUGAUGAAUGGUUCGAUUUAUCAUUUUAUGAGAAAGAAAUACAAGAAAAGCUGGCAAUCUGUAUCCUAGUUACAGUGAAAUCCUAAGGAAUUCAUAUUACAGAUAGAGAAUAUAAACAUGCCUUUUUGCACAAUUGUUUGUUUUGAAGGCAAACUAUUUUUGGAUAGGUUUUGAAUCUUUCUUGAAAAGUAAAAAUUAACUUUGUUACAGUUUGUGACUUAAAAUAUAUAUAAAUUGUUUUGUCGACAUUAUACAGUACCGUAUUCAAAGAGGAAAAUGCUCUAAACUAUAUCCGAUACAAGCAUGUUUUUGCAAGUUAUCAAUAUAUCUUUGGAUUUAUAAGCAUUAAAUGUGUGUAUAUUUGUGCUGAUGAGUUCAAAACAAUAUGUUUAGGGUUGUAUUGUUUUUUUUUUGACAAGGCAUACAACACAAAUCUAUACAACGCAUUUUUUUCAACGAUUGAAGUCGUAGUCUUAGCAACUUUUAAAGCAGAUUUGCCUGUUUGAAAAUUCUUCCAUCGUAUUAAAAGCAUAACUGUGUAACUUCAUGAUAUUUUUGAAAAGUGGUGCCAUAUGUGUAUAUAUUCUUUUUUUCCUUAAUAUAUGUAAAGAAGUAGAUAUGCUUUAGAUGUUUAUUGCUAUGGUGCACAUUGUGUAGGUAAACAUUGUUUUACCAGUUGUUAAGCAAUUGAGUAGGAGUUAGAUGUACGAGGAGGUCAUAUUUCCGAAUUAUGAAAUGUAGAAUUCGGAAAGUGUUUUCUUCCUCGCUUGGUGCUCAGCAUUAAGAGGGUAGUUCUAGGACUGAUCAGCCCGGUGUCAGUGGUGCCAAUGUGACUGGGUGGGGUAUCAUGUCCCGUAUCUGUGGCUUCAUAUUCCAGUGAGGCAGCACUCUUCAAAUUUGUUGAAAAAGACGCUUAGCCCGAACACGCACACACUUAUGCACUGGGAGAAGGGAGACAGAGAGAAUUUUAUAGCUGCCAAAAAAUAUUUGUUGAAGGUAGACAAAGACAUAUACUCGACAUACAAAUUGUAAUCACUUUUGGAUAAAAGGGUUAUAUGAAGCAACGAUUUGUGUUGUUAAUAGAUCUCAAUCAUAAGUACAAGUUUCGACAUAUACUUAGUUGAAAUGUAUUUUUUUGUGUAUUUUGGACCAGAACAAGACAUUUCAAACAGGAGGGCAAAAUGACAGUAUUUAUUUUUUUUAUACAAAACUCUUGCUAUUUGACACGUGCGUCUGUCAGUCCGUCCGUCCGUCAUAUUUAGUGUCCGGAGUAUAGCUUUAAAACCAUUCAAUAUACCGACUUCAACCUUUACAUAUAGGUAGGUGGUGAUUAGACGAUGCGAAGAAUAACCCAGGUCGGUAGGUCAGAGGUCAAAAUCACAAAGUGAGCUGAAAGGUGAAAUCUGACGUCAGAUUUGAGUCCAGACAAUUAUAUUUCAAAAGCACUCAACCCUCAACCCCAACAAUUACCACAUUACCUCCAUCCCCACAACAUGCUCACAUACAACAAAUUUACUACAUUGUGCUGAAUGAUCAAAUAAGCUGUAAGCUGGCAUGGAUAUAUAGCUAUAUCCCAACUUUGUGGAGCGCCUGUUAUAGGUUGUGUAAUUAUCUCUUAUAAAAAAGUUUUCUGAAGGAGUCAACAUACAACUGUUUCUGCAUAAACAUUGUUGACGUUAUACGUUGCACCUGAUGCAGUAUGAGAAAGGUGUAGUGAAACUUUUCGAUCUGUAUAUGUCAAGCAAGCAAACAAAAAAAACGAAAUAAAUGAUGUGUUUGAUUUAACUGUCGAAUAUUGUGAAGGAAAUAAUUACAUUGAUGAGAGGAGGAAAUUGUAUUAUAUACAGGAUGAAAAUUGUUUCAUUUCGUCUAGAGAGCAACCAUAGCCUAAAAUAUAUACUCUUUUGUCGAUAUACGAUAUGUUGACUCCUUCAAAACAGUGGAAAUUAUUUCAUGUAAAAUAUGACGUGGAUUCAAUAUUGUAUUAGUUCUUUUUACAUGUAUAACAUAUGUUUAAGCAACUUGUAUAUAGAUAUGAAAUAUUGACAUAUGCUUGUGUAUAUAUAGUGGGGAGAUAAUUAAUAUUUUUUUUAUUUCAUAAAGUAACAUGUGUUCACUUAUUAUAUUGCUAAAGGUUUAUUAUAUGGUUCAGCAUGAAGAGUUCCUUUUUGUCUAAACACGUGACAGACGUCUAAAGUCAGUUAUGUCAGUAUUCAGGUCUUUAAUUUAAAACCACAUUUUGCCAGUUUGAAAUGGUGCAGUAUAUUUGUUAUAACGUUUAGUAUGUGCAUAUUUUCAUGAUGUAUGGUCCAGGUAUUGACGGCAUUUUACAUACUUUACUAUCAUUUCCUUUGUCAGUCAUUUCGUAGCUAUUACCAAAGUCAGUGCAGCAUUACCUUUAGUUUGAUAGAAUACUUGAUGAUGUCCAUGUUUUAAUUUCAAAACAGAGUAGACUGUGGAUAUACAUUGUUUCUACGCAAAUGGUACACUCUAAAUAGGCAUUUAUGCUUCUAGAAAUCAUCUAGGGAUAUGGAUAACAUUCGACUUCUUUUGUAUUAUGCUGCACUCAGUGUUUCAGACCUUUUCAUCAUUUUACACAAGAAAAAUGCAAUAUUUUACAAUAGUUCAUUUCGUUUUUUUUAAAAGAUCUCAAUCUGUGUGUAUUUCGUAAAUUAUGAAAGAUCUCAAUUCAACUGAAACGUCUAGACAUAUUUAUGGUAAAAGUUGCAUCAAAUUGUUUAGUUGCAGGGUACUGUUUAUACAUUUGUUUUGAGGAUUACAAAACUAGCUAUAUACAUAUAAUAAUUUACUCGGACAAAAUAGUUCCUUUAUAGCUUCUUCUAUUAUACCAAUAUAAAAGUUUUUAAACAAGUAAUCAAGUCAAAGAAUGAAUUGGACAUUCAUUGUAUGUCCCCUUCUUGUUCGAACUAGAGACUUGCAUCUUAUCGGUCAGUCUACCACAUUCUUGUUCGGUCAAUAACCCGCAAUGUUGCAAGUUUCAGAUUCCAAGGUUAAAGGUCAAAGACAUUUUCAUCUCUGGCCUUUUCUUUUUAUGCAUGUAUUGAUAUUGAGAUAAUUGUGUAUAUAAAGUCGAGUGUUACAUGCAAGAUCCAGACAAUUAGCUAAAAGGUUAUUUACCACGAGAACAUCUCAUAUCCAUGAAUAUAUAUUCUCACACAGUAACCCAUAACAAUAUAAUAAUAUAUUUGUAUUGUUUGUAUUGUUUGGCAAAUGUUUCUUGGUUGUAUUCUUUUCUAUUUUGAUUACAUUGUAUCAUUAUGUAAAAAGAAAAUUAAGGUCGGUCAUUCCAUUUGUUGUACAUAUGUUGUAGUGUGAAUAAAUGCGGAAUAUUUCA